ACAGUCAGUCGAAGACGCGGAAUUUGGCCGAUUCAACAAACGUCAAGAAUUUCUGGCCAGAGCCUGAACAUCUGAUCUAAAUAACCUCAAUCAACACCACCUCUCCUAUCGACCAGACUGCCCCCUCCUUCCGCUCCCGGCCCUCCCGAGACGGGCCCCAUCUGCCGCUGGGCCGCACACGACACACACGCAGACAAGAACCUGCUGCUGCUCGCUGACUUCUCAAGACUCUCCUCUCUCUCCCUCGUCUCGUCCGCCAUCCCCUCCGCCAUCCCCGGCGCUGUCCCGUCCGGUGCUUGCUGGCCUGCUCGCUCGCUCGCUCGCCCGGUCUGGGUCUUGGCCUCGUUCUCUUCCUCCGUUUCCUCGGUGCGACCUACGAGGGAACCAGGAAGGACAAUAACACAAAGAGACAGGCCGAGGCAAAGAUGCAAUGUCGUACCCACCGGCCAAGCGACAGCGGUCCAACACGUCGAGAGAUUCGGUCAACGGCACCCCGCAGACUGCGGCUCCCGCCCUUCGACACGCCCAGCUCAGCCAGGGCCUCGGCCUGUAUACGUCGCCCACGGCCUACGACAAUGGCGGCUACGGCCUCCAGCCCGCCCCUCGGCAGCCUAUUACCUACCAUACCUACUCUCCCAGCUCGGUAGCGAAUUCCGCCGGCGCCUUUUCCGGAGCCUAUCAGACCUCUGCCGGCUACGGUGCCGGUCCCUACAGCCCCCAGCAGGCUGUCGCCUUCGCCGCCCAGUACGCGCAGACGCCCGCUAACGGCCAGAUGGGAUCCCACGCUGCCCACUUCGCACAGCCCGGUGUGGACGAGAUGCGGAACGGAGGCUUUGCGGACGCGCAGGUACAGGUGCAGACGCAAGCACAGGUACAGGCACAGGCACAGGCACAGGCGCUGGUGCAAGGGCAGGCGUCACAGGCUGGAUCAGGUGCUACGUAUUCGCCCAUACCGACAACCCACCAUAUCUCCAGCUAUAGCCAGCCGCCGCGGCCGAACGAUGUCUCGACAACCACAACGCUGCCACACCACCCACCGCACGCUCUGUCCCAGUACGGAGACUCGUACGGCUCGCAACCGACGGCCCACGCCACGUAUCACGCCACCAGCACCCCUUAUCCCGACGCCGCUACCCUGAACUCCCACUUCAGCCCGGCUCCCAUACCCGCCCCAACUGCCCAGAACGGCAAUGGAAAUCAGCAUACGCCAGAGGACGUCAUGCACGAGAACGGUGACGAAGAUGCCCAGGGCGAGACGACAGAUGAGUCCACAGAGAUGGUCUAUUCUCAUGCCGAGCUGUCGCUGAGAGACUCCCUGCCUCCGCCGUCGGUCGACUCGCCCCCCAAGGCCGGCCACGAGAACAAGUGCUGCUGCAAAAAGGGCCGCGGCAAGAAGAAGGCCUGCGUUUCGUGCGUGUGCAGCAAGUACGGGCUGGGCUGCACGGCCGCGUGCUCGUGCGGCGCCGCAUGUGCAAACCCGUUCGCGGACCUGAGCCUCUUCUUCGGCCCCCCGUCCGUGUUCUCGAAGCCGUGCGGUGCCAACAGCUGCUUCGCCACCUGGCUCUGCAACCAACCCAACAUCGAGGAGCUCGACAUGGACCUCAUGGUCGACAUGCUUCUGUACGACGACACGUCGUGGGCCAGCAUCCGCGAGUUCGCCGACCCGUUCAAGAAGUGGGAGGAGAGCUGGAAGAAGGCCCGCGGCGGCAAGAGCAAGAAGCAGCGCGACGAACGCGAGCGCCUUGAGUUCGAGCUCCUCCGCGGCGGUCUCGGCAAUUCCAACCAGAACGACUUCUACGGCUACUGGUACAGCUUCUGUCGCGGCGGCUGGGUUCCCAUCGACCACUGGGAUCACUGCCAGGAGUGCCGCGUCUGCAAGCCAAGCAUCGAGUGGCACUGCGACAAGCACGGCCGCUGCACGACCGACCGCAUCUGCCCCGACUGCACCGCGGUACCGUACGCGGACAUGAUGGCGACGUAUCCGGAAUCUGGGGGCUAACGCGCCACCGCUCCCGACCGUAGCAAGGAGAUAGGUAGAGGGUAGGUCGGGAAUAGCUAAGCUCGGCUCGCUAUAGUACGCAAGGACGAGGAAGAGAAGGUCGUGAGGGGGCAUGGCG